AUGAUGGAGUUGAAGAAGAUGAAGGAGAUAGAGAAGAUGAAUAAGAGAAAGAAGAUACAAUGGAAGACAAAGAAGGAGAAGGGGGAGCAGGAGACUUUAGGUAUAAGGAUAAUGUUAGCUGUUUAUCCACAAUUAAGAAUGAGGGAUGAGCUUUUCUAUUCGAUGGAGUUGGAUUACGACAUGAUGGGUGUUCCAGGUUACAGUUCGGGUCUGGUGGCUCUUUUGCCACCGAGGGUGAACAUUUCGGCCAAAGGGGAAAUUCCAGUUACCCUUCAGGUCUUUUCGAUCAGACUUCCAUGUUCGGGUCUCGCGAGUGCGGCAAUUCCAAUGGCUUUGAGGUUAAACGUUACUGCGCCACUAAAUACGGACACAAAGUACAAUGACACCAUUCUCGUCUUCAAGAGGAACAGGAUUUGCGCCAAAGGUGUUCAGACUCCAUCAAAGAAUGAUUCAGUCCGCUUAGAAGCUGGACCACUUGUGACUGGUGCCGGUGCGCUUUAUGUUGGGGCCACUUGUGCGUGUGCUUUGAUCUUGGUGGUGGGGAGUGUAGUGAGUGCGCUUUACAUACGGACCAGCAAGGCUCGUGUACAAGAGUCUCAGAAAACACUGCCUUGCUGCAGUUACUCUGCUGCGGGCACAGGUUUGGCCGGAAGUUCUGUCCUAGUACGAGUUGACACACGACCCGGAAGUGCGAAUUCCGGAAGUUACGCGACCAUCGCUGACAUGGAGCCACUUUACGCCAGGCCGUGUGGUUCGCGGGCGAGUUACUACGCUGCGAGCCAUGUAACACACCUGAGCCAGUCCACGGAUCCUUGUGAAAAAGCCAAAGCACUUGCAGUAUCAAGAACUUCGCUUUAUUGCCGGAGUCUCAUGCAGGAGGGAACCUUCGGUAGAGUUUAUAGAGGGACACUGGAUUUGGCCGGUCGUGAACAGGAAGUCAUAAUAAAAACAGUAACUGAAGUGGCCUCAGCUUAUCAAGCUUCCCUCUUAGUAGUUGAGGGUUCACAACUGGCAGGAUUGAUUCACGGGAAUAUAGCAUCCCUCGCGGCUGCUUGUCUGGACAGUGAAUGGCCAAUGUUGGCAUACACAAGUUCCUUGGAUGAAUUGAAUUUAAAAAUUUACCUUACUGACGGGACUUAUCAUCCUAUCACAAGGGAUUUAGUAAAUGUUGCGGUACAGGUAGCCAGAGCCGGAGGAUUUCUUCACGGACGAGGCCUUUUACAUAGGGAUAUUGCAGCAAGAAAUUGCCUGAUUGAGCCAGGUAGUCUUCGUGUGAGAUUAGCUGAUGCAGCAUUAGCCAGAGAUCUCUUUCCACAGGAUUAUCACUGCUUAGGGGACAAUGAGAAUAGGCCAAUUCGUUGGAUGGCUCUAGAAAGCCUUCAACUUAAUCAAUAUACAACUUCAACUGAUGUGUGGUCAUUUGGCGUUUUUCUAUGGGAAUUAGCAACCAUGGGACAGCAACCCUACGUCGAGGUGGAUCCUUUCGAGAUGAUGGUGUGCCUCCGAGAUGGUUACCGACUAGUUCAGCCUAGACCAUGCCCCGACGAACUUUUCGCUGUCAUGGCAGUUUGCUGGCUGGGCAUCGCCAGGGACAGACCCACUAUGCCUCAACUUCUCGCCUACUUGCAAGAAUUCCACGAUGCCCUUAGUGGAUUCAUCUGAAAGAAUCUCAAAGUAAAAGUGGUUGUUUCACGAAAAAAAGCAAACACGAAGCUUCAAAGAAAACUGUAAACAGCGGUGCAAUUUUUCUACAAUUUUGCUGCAAUAAAUGAAUGGUUUUUGCGGAU